CUACUGAGCGGGCCCGGAGGUGCCCCUCCCCUCGGGGAUAGCGCCUCCAUUUCCGGAGUGUUGUCCGGGCCCCCUCGCUUGUGCCUGGUGCUUCGUACCCCUAGCCGGUAGCCACUCCGUGUCCACUCCUUUUUUAGCGCCCUGUCCUGCCAUUAUGUAUGAUCGGGCGCCCCGUUUGCUCAAAUUGACUGAGGGUAGCGGCACGGAGGACUGUGUAGGUCCUGGGUCUUACCAAGUACCUUUCCUGAAGCAGCAGGUGACAGGUGGCUAUGCACCAUUUCUUUCUUUGACUAAUAGAGAAAGUUAUUUUACUGUUGGCUGUAACAAUGAGAAAGCUGUUCCAGGUCCAGGACACUACAAUGUUUCAAAAGCACAGUUCGAUGUAAAAGGAGGCCGUAGUCUACAGUACAGUGACAAACGUUUUAAGAGGUUUAUUUCAGACGGUCCGGGACCUGCAUGUUAUGAUCAGUCUUAUCCUAGAAAAAUACACUUCAAGAACAAGAAAAUACCUGAGGAUAAUGGACAUUUUCAAUGGAAAAACUCAAGAGCACUUUCAUCUUUCAGAACUAUUGAUGUCCCAUCAAUUCCUUCUUGUGAGAGGGCAUAUGGUUAUCAUAUUAAUGAGGAUGACACUAUUAUAAAACAUUUUCCACCAACUCAUGACAGCACACUGGGUCCAGCAUUUUAUAAACCACAAUAUGAUGUUUUCAAUGCAACUUCAAAAUAUAAAGGGAUACAUUUUAGUAACUCUUCGGGAAGACGAGACCUACCUCCCAAGCAAGGACCUGGUCCUGGACAUUAUGAGAUAGGCCAGGAAAAGACACCACACUAUGAAAACAUUAACAUCAAGAAAGAGCAACAGCAAGAUUGUUCCUCGUAUUUCCCACGGUUUUAUGAUGUAAUAAUAUCACAGGAAGAAAAAAAGGGAGUACCUGGGCCUGGAAGGUAUGACAUUAAAAGUCAAUUUCAGAAGACUGAAAGUAUGACACCAGAUGCAAAUGAAGCAUCCCCUGCUUUUCUUUCUCAAUCCCAGAGAUUUGUUCCUAUGAAAUCAAUCACACCAGCACCUGGCACAUACAAUGUACCUCAAAGCACUAUCAAGUCCUCAAAGAAAACUCCAGGCCUGAAAAUGUCUGCAUUUGGGCAAACUGCUGCUCGAUUCACCCAAGAAUUCGAGACAGAGGAAAUGCCUGGUCCUGGGUUUUAUAAUGUCCUAAACAGCACUAUAGCUGAUAAUGUCAAAAAUAUCUGCUUGGGCAACAAAAAGAACAGUGCCUUUGGAUCUUCUGUUCCUCGGACUCUGAUUCUGGUUCAGAAGGAAGCUCUUGCUGUUCCUGGGCCUGCCGAGUAUCAGGUCAGUGAAAUUCCUGAAGAGUUGCCUGACUUGACUAAUCAAUAUGCUGUUUUUUUGUCAAGGACAGAAAGAAUUCCUAAACAACCAGAUAAGUGUAUUCCAGCACCAGGCCGUUAUGAUGUUCAAAAAUCAUAUGACAUGUCACAGGGGAAACAAAAAUAUAUGCCACCUCGUAGUCUGGUGGCUAAAAGAAAGCAUUCCUCCUUUCUUAGUGCAGCUCCUCGAUGCUCUGAAAAAAUUAAAGAUGGACCAGGACCUGCAACAUACAAUCCUACUUUAAAGAGAUCUUGCUUCAUACCAGCAUUUGUUAAAACAUCAAAGCGUUUUGAAGAUUGCAAAGUGAUUACUCCUGGGCCAGCAACCUAUGAGCUCAGUCCAUUUUUAAGACAUUCUGUCCUGAAGAGAACAUUUAAUGUUACUCUACCAAAUCCAACAGUAAAUAAAGGAAAAUCUCAGAAAACAUAGAAAAAUGUCAAAUAUAAAUGUCCAGGGGGCAGAGCAGAAUACUUCAAAUGAUAACAUACCAGAAGUUAUCUGUUAAUCUAAAGGUGAGCUGACAGUUCUCUCACGAAGUACUUCGAUUUUGAUGAUGUCCUCUAUCAGCUGCUCAAAAGAACAUAAUUGCUCUCCUAACCUUGUGAAAUAGAAAAUCUGUUCUUGAAAGGCAUUUCAUUCUCUAUUAGUUUCCUCAACAUUUUUCCUAUUACUGAGCAGUAUAUUGCAUUC